AUGUGGAUUUAUUGGAUGACACAACUUCACUGUUCAUACAGCAUCUGAAAAUCUCUCCUCUUCUCCGUCAGUCCGUCCUCAUUUUAGCACGCCCAAAUUCUUUGCCACCAAUUCCCUCCCACGAGAGAGAAAAUGUCCCCGGAAAAACCCACCACCACAGCACCACAGGCAGAGAUUGAUGAAACAUCCGAGUCCAGAAACCAAGCUCGGCUAGCCAUCAUGGAGUUAGCCAACAUGAUAAGCAUUCCCAUGGCGCUAAACGCCGUUGUACGCCUCAAAGUUCCCACCGCAAUAUGGUCUUCCGGCGCCAACACCCCUCUUACCGCCGCCGAGAUCAUCCCUCUCAUCCUCCCCAACAACCCCCACGCCGACGCCGACAACCUCGGCCGCCUCCUUCGCCUUCUCACUACCUACGGCGUGUUUUCCGAACAUCCUCCUAUCUCCGGAGAAAAUAUGAGGCGUUUUUCAUUGACGGAGGUCGGACGGACUUUGGUAGAAGGCGAUGGCGACGGGUUGUCUUACGGGGAGUAUGUGCUACAGCACCACCAAGACGCGCUGGUGCGGGGGUGGACGCUGGUGGACCAUGCGGUGAAAGGGCCCACAUCUAAGACCCCAUUCGAGGUGGCGAAUGGGGAGCCGGCGUACGAUUACUACGGGAGGAGUGAGGAAAUGAAUGUGCUGAUGCAGCGGGCGAUGGCGGGGGUGUCAGUUCCGUUUAUGAAGGCGGUGGUUGGUGGUGGGUAUGAUGGGUUUGAUGGGGUGAAGAGGUUGGUGGAUGUGGGUGGGAGUGCUGGUGAUUGUGUAAAGAUGAUUAUGAGUAAAUAUGAGUGUAUUAAGGAAGGGAUUAACUUUGAUCUUCCGGAAGUUGUUGCUCAAGCUCCUCUAAUCACAGGUGUGACUCAUGUGGGCGGAGACAUGUUCAAAUCGAUUCCUUGCGGUGAUGCAAUCUUCAUGAAGUGGGUAUUAACGACAUGGAGUGACAAUGAAGUGAAGCAGAUAAUGAAAAAGUGUAACGAGGCCUUGCCAGCAGGGGGGAAAUUGAUAGCCUGUGAGCCAGUAUUGCCUGAGAGGUCAGAUGACAGUCAUCGAACAAGAGCCCUACUUUCAGGAGACAUCUUCGUGAUGACAAUUUAUGGGGCAAAAGGCAGGCACAGGAUGGAGGAAGAGUACCGACAGCUUGGGAUCUCUGUAGGUUUUCCACAUUUCAGGGCGGUACACAUUGACUACUUCUUCACCAUCCUUGAAUUUCAGAAGUGAUUCUUAAUUCUAAUGUCAUUGAUUUCAAAAACAUGCAGUGAAAUUGGCUAAUAGUUGCAUUGCCCUCCUCUUGAAUAAGUUAUAAGUGAUAAUCUUUUCGUAGCACAAUGAUGCCUAAUUUAGUUGGUGAACUUGUCAGGUAGUUUUAGAGGAAAAGGUCUGCACCUUUUCUGCUUUCCUAUGCUGUAUGAUGUAUGCUGUAUGCUGUAUGCUGUAUGCUGUAUGCUGUAUGCUGUAUGCUGUAUGCUGUAUGCUGUAUGCUGUAUGUUCUAUGUGCAGGGCUGGUUUACUCUGUGUAAUGUUUUACUCUGGCUCCAAUUUGCAAGUUAGGGACUUGGAUUUCCUCAGAACUACAAGCUAUCAGGAUAGUCCCCUUGAUUUUGGAACAAAUUAAAAGACCUGAAAAUCUAGAGCUGGCGUUCGGGUUAAAGUCUGGUUAUGUCAGUCAGAUCGCCCGGACAUGAUUAUGUUGGGAAGCAUUAAUUAUUCUUAGACUAUUCGUUCAUGGAGUGAUACUGUGAUACGUUGUUUUACUAGCCAUCUUUGCAACUUUUGCAAGGUCUCACAAAUUAAGUCGUGUACUCGUUGCAGCAAUUGGCAAUUGUGAUAGUUUCCCUAAUGUAGUUGACGUUGUUGUCAACAAACAUAAGCUUAUUACCUACUUUUUUUCUUAUAAAUAUUGGUUCCUCGUUUACAGUUA